AUGGAAGGAGUCCCGCGUGAGACGUACCCUAAAGCGUCGCGGAGGACAGAAGUACGACGGAAGCUUAUCAUCAGCUGCAGUCUCGGGCUGUUCGUCGUGAUGCUUCCCUUCAGGGCGACCCUUCCUGACGUUGUUCAACAGGCCAUCCUGAUUGCGGUCACUACGGUCUAUCUGCAUAUCACAAGCAUUGGUUUCGGGAUGCACUACUGGACGAUACUGGUUGGCAACGGGGUCGUUAUUCGCAAGUCAAGCUAUAAAGUGCGUUCCCUUGGCUGCAUCUUCCUAUCUGAGACUCUUCGGAGGAUUGUCCUGCGCAUCCAGCUCGUUCUGCCGCUGCAUGGUACGCUCUUCACCAUGCCUUUCGCGGCGCAAUGCGUGCCGCUGCAAUCAAUCUGGGACCGCACCAUCACCAACCGUCGAUGUCUGAACUUACCGAGGGCGGGCUACAGCAGCAGUGGACUUUCCAUAGCCGAGGACAUGGCCAUCCUGCUCCUUCCGGGAAGAAAGAGUCCCCUACUUGUGACGGCACAAAGUUUCUCUCCGGCGGCGCCUGGCAGUGAUCGCGCUGUUCAGUAUUGGCUCAUUAUGGGUAUUGUAUAUUUCUUUCCCCUCAUAGGUGGCCAUAGAGGUUUCUCUCAUCACGUUCGACGAGACAUUGGAUCGUGUGGAUAUUGUGGUGUGAUCGCUCAUCAAGCGGUCCGUGGCGCAAGCUUGCCAAGUCUACGUCUGCUCCUCAUCAGCAUUGGGACCUGGCAUCAGCCGGCGCUAUCAGAUGGCUUUCUGAGCAAGGACAGCCCUAACACGGACAGCGGCCACGAGCCUCUGCACACAGGCAACGGCGUUCUCGUGAUGACAACCGUGGAGGUCGAUCAACAGUCCUGCAUGGUCGUGGAUGUACCGCCUUUUCCACCUCCUGCCUACUCUGGGUCGUGGAACACGUAA